AUGCUAUUCGCAGUCGCCACUGCUUCCACGAUACUGUCUGCAAUUUUCAGGGAUAGUACUGACCAAAACUCGGACGACUCGCAAUCGUUAGAUGCCUUUCUAGCGGACAUAUUGGGAACUGUUUCUCCAGACACGGAGCAUGAUAAUCUCCCCACCACGCAUCCAGUCUCUGCAUCCUCAGAGUCGCAUGUAUUCAACACUACUCCCGCCUUCUCGCAUACUGUCUUUGAUCGUUAUAAAUCGUUGGCUACUUGCUCUGUAUAUACUACAGGUUCAGCCUCACACGAUUUGUGUUCUGGCAGCUCCAUUUCAACUAAUUGUUUAUUGCCACGCUACUUGGCUGACAACUUCAAACGGGCUAACGAUCACAGAUCCAAUCGGCUCAGACCCUUUCGGCUACCGCCGUACACCAAACUUCCGGAGAGGAGUACCGUCAAAAGUGGUGAUAGUGGUGUCUCCCUUUCUUCUCUGGCAUCGCCCUCCUACUCAGACAGUUAUGAAGAACACUUGAAGCAACGAGCUCAGCUAACUCCAUCCUGUUUCCCUAUCAAACCCCAGUCGGAUGUAGCUGGAUCAACUGGAUACCGAAAACGUACGAGUUUAGUCCCUCUAGUGGAUCGCAUGAUAACGAACCAAAAGAAACGCUUACCUGAAUGCUGA